CUCAAGGGUUAAAAUCAUUUCACCCCCUCUACAUAUUUCCUUUGGAAAUUAACUUUGAAAGAAAUUUGAGUGUUGUCCAUAACCUCAUAGUGUCGACAUGGUUUGCGAGAAAGAUCAAUUAGUACAAAAAAUCUGCGAGUUGUAUGACCAAAUCUCAAGCCUCGAGAGUCUCAAACCAUCCGAAGAUGUCAACAUGCUCUUCACACAGCUCGUCCUCACAUGCAUGCCACCCAGCCUAAUUGAUGUCACCAAGCUUUGCAUGAAAAUUCAAGAAACCAGGUCCAAGUUGAUCCGACUAUGUGGAGAAGCCGAGGGUCACUUGGAGAGCCAUUUCUCCACCAUCUUAGCAUCCUACACAAACCCUCUUCACCAUCUCAACAUUUUCCCUUACUAUUCCAACUAUCUCAAACUGGGACAACUCGAAUUUGACAUUCUUACCAAACAUUGCUCCGAACAUGUCCCUAACAACGUUGCCUUUGUGGGUUCUGGUCCCCUUCCCCUCACUUCGAUUGUGUUGGCUUCUUCCCAUCUUACUACCACUCGUUUCCAUAACUACGAUAUUGACCCUUCUGCCAAUGCCAAGGCUGUUCGAUUAGUCUCCUCCGGCCCUGAUUUGUCUCGACGGAUGUUUUUCCACACCACGGACAUAAUGGAUGUUACGGAUGCUUUGCGAGACUAUGAUCUCGUUUUCUUGGCAGCUCUUGUUGGGAUGGAUAAGGAUGCGAAAGUUCGAGUCGUGGAUCAUUUGGCUAAGUACAUGGCCCCUGGGGCUCUUUUGAUGGUCAGGAGUGCGCAUGGCGCUAGGGCUUUCCUUUAUCCGGUUGUCGAUCCUUGUGAUCUAAGAGGAUUCGACGUCCUCUCCAUAUUCCAUCCAACCGAUGAAGUUAUAAAUUCCGUGGUCGUUGCCCGUAAAGUUCCAACUACAAAACACAACGCGGACAACCCUCUUGCCCCAACAAAAGUUCCCAACAAGUUUUUGGACAUUGAAAUGUUCGAUCCCUUACUCAACCAUGUCAACCUGAUGGAGGAAAUCGACAUUGAGGAGAAACUCUCUUGAUUAGUUUAUCCUCAAUAUGCUUAAUUUUCAUUUGAUUUUCUGCUUAUCUACAAGUUAUCGACCAUGGAUAUUCUGACUUUUAAUAUCAAGUAUUAAUAAAUUAGAACUUCCAG